CAACCACCACACCCUCCAGGCAUCGCUUGCGAGCCGUGCACCCACGCUCAAGCAUCUUGCGACGUGUCCGUCACCUUGGAACACCUCACAGUUCCGGCCAGCCCGGCGCACCUCGCCUCUCGCACACGCGCGCACGCUGAUCGCCGCCGGCGCCUCGCGCACACGCACCCCAGCCGGUGGAUGCGGGCACCUCGGCUGCGCUGCUAGUGUGCAACUCGACGAGCAGCUCGGCCGUUUGCAGCGUGCGGCGGGUCGCGCGGCGCCGCGCUUGGAGCCAUGGCGUCCAACUACUGGCUCUCGUCGCAGUGCAACCACUGGCUGUUCACUCGCGCACAGCUGGCCACGGCGCGCGCCGAGGACGAGCGGUAUGCCGAGCAUCCGGAUGAGGUGGCGGCCAUUGGCGUGUGGGCGUGCAACAUGAUCGCCACGCUCACCAAGCGGCUGAAUCUGCGGCAGCGCGUCACCGCCACGGCGAGCAUCUACUUCCGCCGCUUCUACGCCCGCUCGGCCAAUGCCUACGCCGCGACGGACCCGGCGCUCGUGGCGACGGCGUGCGUGUAUGUCGCAGCCAAGGUCGAGGAGACGCCAGUGCAUGUGCGCUCCGUCAUCGCAGAGGCGCACAAGAUCUGGACUGAGUUGGGUCAUCCCGACUUUCCUAGCGACGUCGCAGCGCUGGCAGAGAUGGAGUUCUACCUCUUCGAGGAGCUGGACUUCCAUCUCAUCGUCCAUCAUCCUUACCGCGCGCUGCUUGCCAUCUCCGGUUCCGUCGGCAAGGCUGCGCUGCUGCGUGCCGACAAGGCGGCGGGUGUUGGGCUGGGCCUCGGUAUCCCAGGUCUCAACGAGACGAGCUUCGGCAGCGGUAAUGGCGGCGGAGUCGAUCUCGAGAUGGCGAGCGCGACUGCUGCUGCGGCGGGGCUGGACGAGGAGCAGGCCAAGGCGUGGGAGGCCGACCGAGCCGCGCUGACUCGCGGAGACGAUGGUCAGCCACUGGCACGCCUUGAAGAGCUCGAGGAGGCGGCGCUGCAAUUCGCCUGGUUCGUGCUCAACGAUACGUACCGCGCCGACAUCAGCCUGCUCUAUCCGCCACAUCUCAUCGCCAUUGCCGCGCUCUACCUCGGCCUGCUGCUGCAUCCGACAUCGCGGCAGCGCAUGAGCAAGUCGGUGCAGCUCAUGGCCUCGCGGCGCGACAAGUGGCGGCAUGCGUGCGAAGAGCACGCCGUUCGGUCGGCUGCCGCGGGUCAAGCUCACGCUGCGGCUGCCAGCGGGUCGAGGCGUGCGGGCAAUGGCGUGCCGCCCGGCGGAGGGAGCGCUCAGUCACCGCAGUACGCCUACACGCCGUCUGCGAGUCACGCCUCGCCGGCGCCCGGCAGCUCGAGUCUGCGCGGUCUGGCCUCGCUGCCGAUGCGACCGGCGCACCUGCCCGUGCGGCCUGGAGGUGUCGCGGCCACUUCGACGCCCAGCACGCCCUUUCCGCAGCAACACGGCGCCGGCACAACACCACGCUCUGCCGGCGGUGCAGCGUACUCGCUCGACUCGCCCGGCGCCUCCUCUGCCGUGUCGACGCCGCCAGACUCAAGCGCCAUGCCCUCUGGUGCGCCCGCGCCAGCCGAGCUUCCACGAGUAGCUCCGCUGCCGCCGCCACCAGCGCCGCCGCCAGAUGCGCUGACCUUCCUGGCCGGACUCAACGUCGACAUCCGGCAGAUCGCCGAGAUCGUGCAGGACAUCCUCGGCAUGUACGAGCUGUGGCACCGCCUCGAUGCGCCGCCGGCCGAGUCCGAGAGCAAGCCGAGUGGCGCCUCGGCCGCGGCCGGACCCGCCUUUGGCGCAACGCCCGCGGGCGGCAUGAUCUCGGACGGCAGUGGCAUGCUGCAGCGCAUCGAGCGCAUGCGCGAGCGGCGCCGCACGGAGCUGCUCAUGCUCGCCGCUGCCGGCGGUGGCGCGAUACCCAACAAGCCGAGCACGCGGUGACUGGCGCCGCCGGACGCCAUCAGAUGUGCACUGGAGGCGCUCCUGGGAGCGGCAGAGCCGGAGCAAGCAUUUUCAUUCGCAGGGUGCAAAGGGGAAUCAGUUGAGCGGCACGAGGCUUGCGUCUCGCGCAGGGAGCGGGUAGCAGGGGAGGGGGAGUCGUUGCGUGUGGAGUCGGCGCGAGCAGCAAGAGAUGGCGCGUUGAGGUGAGGCAGCGCCGGUGAGAUUGAGCAGCGAGAUGGAA